AUGAGGCUCAUCAUCGCAUCCCCCGCUAUAUUCGCCCUGGCCCUCGCUUCCAGCCCAAUAAAGCCGCGGCAGUCUCCAGAUCCAGUACACACAGUCGACGCGUGCUGCGGGCCACCCGCUCCGGGUCCCGUCGGUGCACCCGCCAAUUGGUGCCAGGACAGAUGGGGCAAAAAUACAUAUUGCAAAUCCAGUGCGUGGAACCUGAGAAUCAGCGUUGCCCGACUCCCGGUUUCCCAAAUCCCGGCCGGAUUUAUCUGCACAGGGGACGCACUUUACAAGAAAGCAACGGUACACCAUGCGCGGGCGGGGUGCCGGGCUACACAGGCAAGAGUGGGUGCUUUUUACCUGGGUCUGGGUUUUAAUACCAUGAGACUACCUCCGGCAUAUUGGGCGCUGGCGUUACAGAAGAAUGUUGUUAGGGCGCGGGUGGGUGACUGA